AUGUCACUCGCUGGAAAAGCCAACGAGGCUCCCGUCAAGGACAUGGCCCAGUCUGUGGACUCCAGUCGUGAUCGAGACGAUGUUCCAGAGUUGACCAAGGCUCAGUCCAAGCGCUUGCUUCUCAAGACAGACUUGGUUGUCAUGCCGCUUGCAGUGCUGAGCAUGACGCUUGCUUUCCUGGACAAGAAUGCCCUAGGAUAUGCCGCUAUUUUCGGUAUCAAGGAGGACGCCCACAUCAAACCCCAAGAAUACAGUUGGCUGAGUAGCAUUUUUUACUUCGGUUACCUGGCCAUGGAGUUUCCUUCACUCUGGCUGAUGACAAAGCUACCAAUUGGCAAAUAUGUAGGAGGGUGUCUCGUCAUGUGGGGAGUAUGCCUCUGCUUCAUGGCUCUCUGCCAUAACUUUGCAGGCUUGGCGACUAUCAGAUUCCUUCUUGGUGUUUUCGAGGCUGCUGUGUUACCCUGCAUGAUGAUUAUUAACUCCAUGUGGUACUUGCGAAACGAGCAGCCUCUCCGAACUGCCUUCUGGUAUAACACAUUUGCUGGUGUUUUUGGUGGUAUUCUGUCCUAUGCCAUUGGCCAGAUCAAUGGCUCACUCUCUACAUGGAAGUAUAUCUUCCUCAUCUACGGAGGCUGUACAGUCCUUGCUGGAUUCCUUGUCUUUUUUGGUCUACCAGAUACCCCAUCGAAAGCUUGGUUCUUCACAGCGGAGGAGAAGAAGCUCGCUAUGAUUCGGCUCGCGCCCAACCAAACCGGCGUUGAGUCAAAGAAGAAAUUCCAAACAAGCCAGAUCCUAGAAUCUCUUCGCGAUCCCAAGUGCUACUGCAUCUGGCUCGGCGUAUUCGGCUACGCCCUAGCUAAUGCAGGCAUCACCAACUUUAACCCACUCAUCAUCGCGGGUUACGGAUUUAGUAAAACAAAGACGGUCCUCAUGGCCACUCCGCAAGCAGCCGUUGCUAUGAUCAGCCAAGCCAUUCUCACCGCCAUCGCCUUCUUCAUCCCGAACCUGCGCUGCAUCUUCUGGAUUGGAGGUGCCUUGAUGGGUCUGGUCGGUGCCGUCAUGGUGCACUCGCUCGACGUUGAGACUCAACGAAAUGCCUCUCUAGCUGGUGUCUACUUGAUGGGUUUCUAUAACGUUCCUUGGGUCUUUCUUCUUAGUCUUUCCUCUUCCAACACAGCCGGUGCGACCAAGAAGAGUUUCAUGGGUGUCUCCAUCGCCAUUGUCUAUGCUGUUGGCAAUAUUAUCGGCCCCCAAUUCUUCCUCGACAGACAAGCGCCUACAUACGUUCUCGGCAUCGGCAUGAUGCUUUGCGCAUUUUGCCUGAUGGCAGCUACCGGUUUGGCCUAUUAUGUUCUGUGCGGUAUAGAGAACAAGAAACGAGACAAGCAACACGGAAAGUCUCACGAUGAUAUUGGUGCUGGUUUGGAGGCGGACAAGAGCGAUAAGACGGAUUGGCAGAACCCCAAUUUCCGCUAUACUUACUAA